AGCCCAGCCCAGCCCAAACUCAUUUCUCUCCUCUCUCACCUCUUCACGAACGGCAGAGCCACAGAGACAAAAUUCCUCUCUCUCUCUCUCUCUCUCUCUUCUUUCUCUCUCUAACUCUUCUCUCUCGCACGGCGUCGACGGCGAGCCCGAACUCUCUCGGCCGGCGCAAGUAAAGUUCAGACUGGUGGUGCGUGGUCUUGAAAUUUAACAAUCUUCAAGAAAAAAUGGCUUUGGCAAGCUUGGCUAGAAGAAAGGGUCACCUUCUUUCUAGAACAUUUUCCAACCAGACCUCUGAAGUUUUUCGGUGCUCGAUUUCUCUUACCUCCUUUGCCAGGGGUUUCGCCUCUUCGGGAUCCGAUGAGAGUGAUGUUGUGGUCAUCGGCGGUGGCCCUGGCGGCUAUGUGGCCGCAAUCAAGGCCGCUCAGCUUGGACUCAAAACCACCUGCAUCGAGAAGCGUGGGACUCUCGGAGGUACCUGCCUUAAUGUCGGCUGCAUACCCUCUAAGGCACUUCUACAUUCCUCCCAUAUGUACCAUGAAGCUAAGCAUUCUUUUUCUAAUCAUGGAGUGAAGUUUGCUUCUGUUGAAGUUGAUUUACCAGCUAUGAUGGGUCAGAAGGAUAAAGCUGUUUCUAACCUUACUCGAGGUAUCGAAGGCUUAUUCAAGAAGAAUAAGGUUACCUAUGUAAAAGGGUAUGGUAAGUUCAUCUCCCCUUCGGAAGUUUCUGUAGACACUAUUGAUGGUGGGAAUACCAUUGUCAAAGGAAAGAACAUUAUUGUCGCUACUGGUUCUGAUGUAAAAUCUUUACCUGGCAUUACAAUUGACGAGGAGAGAAUUGUCUCGUCAACUGGAGCUUUGGCUUUGAAAGAAAUCCCCAAGAAACUCGUUGUCAUUGGAGCUGGAUACAUUGGUCUCGAGAUGGGUUCUGUAUGGGGCCGACUUGGCUCCGAGAUAACUGUUGUUGAGUUUGCCUCAGAGAUUGUCCCCUCCAUGGAUGGAGAAAUUCGGAAACAAUUUCAACGUUCCCUUGAGAAGCAAGGGAUGAAAUUUAAGCUUAACACAAAGGUUGUUGGGGUUGACACUUCUAGCGGUGGUGUGAAGUUGACACUCGAACCGGCAGCUGGGGGUGAGCAGACGACUCUUGAUGCCGAUGUUGUUCUUGUAUCUGCCGGUAGAACCCCAUUCACAUCUGGACUCGGUCUGGACAAGAUAGGAGUUGAAACCGACAAAGGAGGGAGAAUUCUAGUUAACGAGCGAUUUGCAACAAACGUAAGUGGUGUUUUCGCUAUUGGUGAUGUCAUUCCCGGGCCAAUGUUAGCUCACAAGGCCGAGGAGGAUGGAGUUGCUUGUGUAGAGUUUAUUGCUGGUAAAGUUGGUCAUGUGGACUACGACAAGGUCCCUGGUGUCGUUUACACUCACCCCGAGGUUGCAUCAGUGGGAAAAACCGAGGAGCAAGUGAAGGCACUCGGUGUUGAAUACCGCGUUGGAAAAUUCCCUUUCCUAGCUAACAGCAGGGCCAAAGCAAUUGAUGAUGCUGAAGGACUCGUCAAGGUUUUGGCCGAUAAGGAAACCGAUAAGAUUUUGGGAGUUCACAUAAUGGCCCCGAAUGCUGGAGAACUCAUUCACGAAGCAGCAAUAGCAUUGGCGUAUGAUGCAUCUAGCGAAGACAUUGCUCGGGUUUGUCAUGCUCAUCCAACGAUGAGUGAGGCAUUGAAGGAGGCUGCCAUGGCUACCUAUGACAAACCCAUUCACAUGUAGAUCUUUAUAGAGAAAUCAGUUGCUUCUUUAUUCUUGCGAUUUUUCGGAAAUGAGUUGCCAAGACUUUCCACAACCAAACCAAGUUUUUUUUCUCCUUCCACAUCAAUUUGGGGUCAAGAAAGAUGAAUAAAUAACUCUUCUAUACUGUUUUUCUUCUGAGGGUUAAUAACAACAUAGAGAGAAGAGUAUAUUUACUUAUUAUUCGUUAAUAAUUUAUACAUUGAAAUCUUCAUCAUACAAAAAGGAACUUAUGGAGAGUUUUAGAGGGAUGAGAUUAAGAUAUAUUAAUAUGGGUUCUAUGCUAAAUUUUUCUAUUUAAUUAGAAAAUAUUAUAUCUCAUUUUUAUAAUUUAUGACAUAAAAAAAUGUUAGUCGGAGUUA